AACUGCCGCCUCUUUGUGAUGUAAUACUUUCUCAUUUCCUUCGAUAUCAAAUAACAAGAGGCAUUUUUUGCUUUAGAUUCAUUCGCAGUUUUUGUCUCUUCAUCUGGCAAAAUGCACGUGAAACUAAUAACCGUUUUAUGCCUCGCAUUUGGCUUUUUGGCCUUAGUACAAGGAAAGUCUCUUAACAAGGAUAAUGGUAGGGAUGACUUUUAUUUACAUUUUGAUAUUGUUGAUAAGAAGUAAUGAUUGCAUUUGGAAUUUUUAGUUGAGGAAUCAAAGGAAAAUCUAAAAGAAGAACAAAAUAAUAGCAUGGUAUAGCUAGUGCUAACAAAAAAAAAGCGACUCUAGAGAAGAUAAGCAGUUUGGUCAAGCCACACGGUACAUUUCUCAAAGAAUGAAAACUGCCUGUUCUCACUCGGAAAGGGGUCCAGUGGCACUAACGAUACAAAAACUUUCUUUUUCAAAAUUGCACGCUAGAUAAAGUAUUAAGUCAUAUUCAUAUGUUAUUCCAAAUAGCCAAUAAUAUGGAAUUUUUUCAUAAUGAAUGGGCUCUGUCGUAAGCGACCCACACUGAUGACACCAAAUUUUUUUUUCUUGACUUUCUUUGCUCCUCCAGUUGAACUCUCUAGCUCUCUGAUCUAUUCUACUAUGCCUAGAUACUCAAAGAGCAAUUGGGAGCGAUAAGAAUACACUCAUUUGUCUUCUAUAAAGGUCAAUUUAAAUACACAACAAAAUAUUUGCCGGAGAAAGGGAAACACAACAAUAUGUACAGUAUGAUCACAAGCAACUGCCACAAGUAUUAGAAGCAAUGAUUGUUCUUAGGAUAGAAUCUGGUCGACCCGUUAAAUUCAAGAGAAAUUAAGAAAGCAUGCGUCUUUGCAAAUUCCUGAGUCGUUCGCAACUGCUGUGAGGAAACAAUCACGGAAGCAUACUUAACAUUAAUAGAUUAAAAGCUCACCCGAACACGGCCUGCUAUUGUGUAAAAAAAUGUUCUGGUUUUGAAUACACAGCCCUUCUCUUUUCGUACUUCAUCUCCUAGAUUCAAAUUUGUUUUACAUUAUUGAGUCUCUAUUAGCCUAAUGGUUUGCAUCCACUCUCCUUAUCUUCGUACUGAUCGCUCCACUGCUAUCGGGAAAGUUGAUAUAACUCUCUGCAUGAUGUCCUCGAUGAAGGUUAAGCUACUAGUUUGACUUAUUUUAUUGUCAUGCAGAGCAAAAAGUGAAAGAUUCUUGUGAAUGCAGUGGAAAACCUAAAAAGAAAUGUACCGAGGAGACGAAGAAAUCAGAGUGCCCCGAAAAAUGUGGCGGUACGUGCACUGAAAACAAAGAGUGUGAACACAAAGAUCAACCCAAGAACUGUACACACAAAGAUCAACCCAAGAAAUGUGAUUGUAAGGCAGAAACAGAAAAAUGCAAAAAUGUUGCCGCAAUUGGAGGUGGGAAGAAAUGCAACUGUAAAUGCAAAGAGGGAGAGGCCAAGGCAGGAAUCCCAAGACCAGCAGACCCCACUGUAAUAGGCGCCGUGAAACUAUCAUCUGCCAUAUCGCCUCAGCUUGGUAUAGGCAAAAAAAUCAAUUCUACAAAGAAAUGCUGUUGCGGUGAUUGUUGUCAUGACUGUUGUCACGAUUGCUGCUGUGAUUGUUGCCAUGACUGUUGCUGUGACUGCUGCCAUGACUGCUGCCACGACUGUUGCUGUCACGAUUGUUGCUGUCAUUGCUGUGAGCCAUGCUGCUGUUGCUGCCACUGUUGUGAGCCAUGCUGCUGCUGUCACUGUUGUGAGCCAUGCUGCUGUCACUGCUGCCAUCAUUGUUGCCACUGUCCAUGCUGCUGCUGCUGCAAAAAGUCCAAGGAACAACUCAAUUCCGCUGCAUUGGCUGCCGCCGCCGCAGCUGCCGCCUCCCGCCCAAUCCAUCAUUAAAUCGAAAUUAUCGUCACUAAUUUUGAAAAACAUAUUCUGAUUGUAGACCAUCGUUUUGCGUGUUCCUCUGCCUAUCGCUGCAACAUACAGGGCAUAAGCUAAAUGACGUCCGCUGCCGAUGAAAUUGUUUCAUAAUGGAAGUUACAUAAUGGUAAAAUGUCAGAGAAGUAAGGAAAUUGGUAAAUAAUUAGAUCUGAAAGUCAGUAUAUAAAUUGAAACAAAAUUUAUCCUAUAUCCGUUGAGGUGACAGGUAUACUAAAGGAAAGUCUUAUAAGAGUCUUAACGAACUUUAUCGAGAAAUAAAGCCUUUAGCGAUUUUGCUACAUCAAGAUCACGUGAGCCCGUCAGGAACGGAAAGAGUCAUAUGGUUCCAAGUGUAUUGCAGCGUAAAUACUUUAUGACGCGUCACCUGAUAUAUACCUCUUCUGAUGUUCAGACGAAUCGUUUUUGUCAAGAACAAUGAAUAUUAGUGUUUACAUCGUUUUUUGCGAGCAAUUAGUUUGACUGUUUGUAUUUAAAUGUGAUAUGUGCAAAGUGUAACCAUAUUUAGGGAUAUGAUGUGAGAUUGUUGAAUGGUGUUUGUUUGAAAUGCGAAUGUGAAAUAAAAUGAAUCGAUCAACGC